CCAGCGGCACUCUGAUGUUAUCGAAGAAGAAAGACCUCAAGUAUUUACGAGAUGGCGUGGCGGGGAAGUACGUCAAGAAGGAAACACCACCUCACUUGCCAGUUGUGAACACGUGGACGGCUGCCAAGGACCGCACGAGCCAAGGGUCCCUGGAAGACGAGGCUGAGUCGGGCGCCUCCGAACCGGCGAGCCUGGCAGAGAAGUGCGCCCGGGCCUGCCAGAACCGGGCCUCCCAAGCUGCCAGCCUUGCGCCCCCAAUGCCGGUGGGGCAGGGGGGCGGCAAGGACCACGGCAGCCCACUGGGUCCCUUUCUACGGUCCGCCUCGCCCAGCCAGCCACUGGCCGGCCCAGGGGUGCCCCCCCACCAGGGGCCGCCGUCCCUUUCCCCCAAGACCGGGCACACCACGUCGAGCAGUGUCGGGGGAGUAAGCGUGACUCCAAGGCCGGGAACAUCAUUGCCGCAGCUGGUACCACAACAGGUGGUGCUGAUGUCGCCCCAGCAGGGCUCCCUGCCACUCCACGCACACCACUACAUCAACCCCUACGUCGGACCCCGACCGCCCUUCAGCCUGGACCCCUUGAUGCACCGCAAGGGCUCAGGACCUUUCUUUGAAGUGGACCAGACCCACCAGCAGCAGCAGUAUCCCCAGCCGGUUCAGGCUGAAGACCGCUCCCCGUCGUCGGAAGGACCUCCUGGAGAUUCCUUCUUCCAGGAGGAGAACUUCCAGAUCCAACAGUAUCACCAGCAGAAGCGGCAGCAGUACGCACAGCAGCAGCAGGGUGCAAUGGCCCCCCCAGCAUCCCAGCUGCAGCAGCAGCAGCAGCAGCCCAUGGAGAGGCCCCUGCACGCUUCCGGACCUCCGCACAUCACGAGGGUGUCGGUGAACACGAGCUGCCACUCGCCUGCAGCCGGUAGCGGGCCGCAGCUGCCGUCGACGGCUGCCGUCUCCGCCACGACGGUGGUGUCUUACACGCCGGGCAUCUUCAGCUCGAGCCAGCUGAUCCCAGCAUCUGUGAGCAACGGCUCAGCGCUGCCUGUCUCGGCGCCCAUGCUUGCGGCGGCGUCGAGCCACCAGCAGCUGAAGGCGCUACCACAGGGCAUGGCGGCUGGCGGGACCAGCACUUCUCUGCAGAGGUUUCCUACUGCCAUGGGCGGGGGCAGCACGGGGUCCCAGCCGCGGCUGGCCGCGGGGGGGUCUGAGGAGCUGGCGCUGCCCCCGGGCUGGACGGUGGACUACACGAUGCGCGGUCGGCGCUACUUCAUCGACCAUAACACUAAGACGACCCACUGGAGCCACCCGUACGAGAAGGAGGGCCUGCCCACGGGCUGGGAGAGGGUGGACUCCCCCGACCACGGUGUCUACUACGUCAAUCACAUCACCAAGCAGGCCCAGUACGAGCACCCCUGCGCCACCCAGUACGGCCAGAGCGGCAGCAGUCCCCCCACGGGUGGCCAGACACCGCCCCCCCCUCCCAGGCACACAAACUUCCAUCAGCACAGCGUGUUGGUGCCUGCCAACCCCUACCUGACGGAAGAGAUACCACACUGGUUGUACGUCUACUCGAGAGCACCGAAGGAGUCCGAUCACAAACUCAAGUGGAAUCUGUUCAAGCUGCCCGAGCUUGAGUGCUACCAGGCGUUCCUGAACAGGCUCUACCGCCAGGAACUGGAGGAGAUAGUCAUGGGCUACGAGAUGCAGCGCCUCGCCAUCGCCAGGGAGAUGGAGCGUCGCAGGGUGGCCAAGGGCCGCAAGGCUUUCACCAAGUUAUGACUGCUCCCUGGCCGGCAGAGAAACAAGAUACACGAGGGACGCCACAGAUGCUAGUCACAAGGACAGGACUCCCCUCUGCCAAGUUCUGCUUGUCGUCGCAGCUGCCAAACGCCCGGGGGUUCCCCCCGGCAGUCGCCAUCUUGGACCCACACAAAACCAGCCAGCAAACGUGCCUCUGCCGACGGCUCCGAAGGGCGCGCUGGUCGCGUCCUUUGGCGGCUGUCCGUUCUGCACACGUAACGGGCGGUGGUGUCCGACAGAAUGCGUGCAUUUCUUCCUCUGUUGCCUCUAGCCUAUGCGGGGGGGACUCAUCGUUGCUCUCUAUAGUGCCUUUGACGCUUACAUUUUUUUUUUUUUUUACUCUCGCAAGUGUGGCUUACUUUUCAACGGGGGAAGAAAGAAUUUUUUAGUGAAUUUUUAUCAGUCUUUCCUACAUUUUUUUACUCGUGCCACUGGAACUGCCAGUAUUUGUACACAGUAGCUGCGAAACGGGAGUUCUUCGCUCAACAAAAAAAACAAGGAACAAAGUAUUGACGCUUUUUUUUUUUUUUUUAUGGGACAGGGAUGCAGUUUUUGUAGUGGUUGACCAGUGCAAGUGUUGUUGAUGCAGGGUUCUUGAAUGACUGUGCGUUUCUUGCAAGUGUUGCAAGCUUUGAAUGUCAAUAAAACCUUGUACAGAA